GAGAUUCAUAGUGAAGCUUUCUUUUCCCGAUGUCGCUUCUUUCUCGGAUUCCGGGGGGAUGCAUCUGGUCAGGGAGAUCCUUGGCAGUUGUCGGAAGAUCAGGGUUGUGAGAAGCACUGUAUAUACUUUUCAGAGUGUGGUGGUGAGACGAUGUUGGGUAACGGGUCGAUGGGGUGAGGAAGGAAUUCCGGGUAAAGGAAACUAGGGUUUAAGAACGGUCGGUAUGAGGCUUUUGUUUUGAAGAAACUGUGUGCAGAUCUUACUCGCACAUGUAUGCAUCAUGAGAAUUAUCAUCUCCAAACGGUGCUGUUUCCUGUUUAUCUUGGCAUCUAUGAUUUACUCUGUGGCCAGUGUCAAAAUAAAAGAGGCGGACCGUACUCGGCAAACUUUAAUCUACGGUAAUACAUACUCCUACCUACUAUUAGGUCAUUUUGCAUGCUGCGCCACAGAACACAUAUAGUUUAGUCUAUGUAUGUAGUGUCACACACUGUCUGCCUUGUUGCCUUCCAAGUGCGACUCCCUUAUCGCAUCCUUAUCGCUCCCGAGGUCAUCCUUCCAAUCGUUAUCGUUUAUCGGCCCUGGUGUUAUCGGCCUCUUUUUCUUCCUCAAACAUCAGACGCGCCUCGUGACGCUUGGUAUUUUGUUUACUUGAAUUUCUUUUUUGAAGCUUCUGAAUCAAGAUUUUCAUUAUGGCAGCCCUACUUCGCCUCCUUAAGAUGCAGUACACCCCUCCCAUCGAUCCCAAAGGUGUGUCCUUCGCUGGCAAGAUCGUCAUUUUGACAGGUGCCACCUCGGGUCUUGGCUUCGAAGCUGCCAUCAAAAUCCUCAAUCUCGGCGUCGAAUCACUCAUCAUCGGCUCUCGCAGCCUGGAAAAAGGCAACAAGGCCAAAGCCGACCUCGAAAAGGCCACCAACCGACGCAACGUGGUCAAAGUAUGGGAACUUGAGAUGAACAGCUUCCAGAGCGUUAAAGGGUUUGCUGAACGCGCCAAUCGCGAACUUGACCGCGUCGACAUCGCCUUACUUAAUGCUGGUCUUUGGAAUCGGGAAUAUAAUCAAUCCUCCGAGGGCUGGGAAGAGACACUACAAGUCAACACAUUAUCGACCUCAAUGCUGGCCUUACUUCUACUUCCUAAGCUGAAGAAAAGCUCCUAUCCCGAAAACCCCGCACACCUGACCGUCGUUUCAAGUCAGCAAUUCGUUCGUGUCAAAGCUGAAAGCGUCCGGACUGAUGAUUCGCUGCUUGCUCACGUGAAUGACCCGGCCAACUUCAAGGGUCCCAAGCAGUACGGCAUUUCGAAGCUUUUGCUUGAAUUCAUGAUCAAGAAUAUCGCCAAUACGGUGCACGAUGAUGACGGCACUCAUACUCUCAUUGUUAAUACCGUCAGCCCCGGGCUGUGCGUUUCGGCUUUGGGUCGCCAGUACACUCAUUGGUGGGAGAAGUGUUUCGUUUGGGUUAUGCACAAAUUGUUCGCGCGGACUACGGAGCAGGGAAGCCGCUCGCUGGUUAGCGCGACUCUACUGGGCGUUGAAUCGCAAGGAAAAUGCUGGCGCAGUGAGGGAUAUCUUGAUGAGUCAGCCGCGCUGACUACUGGUCCGGAUGGAGAGGAACUCCAGGAAAAGGCUUGGGAAGAGAUCAUCGCCGUGCUGGAGGAGGAAGCGCCCGAGGUGUCCCUCAUCUCUCGUGGCCUGUACCAGGGUGUUUAG